GUUGUGCGAAACGAACCUGUAAAAAGGAGUAUUUAUAUCCACGGCAGUGCGGGAUCGACUCAUGCAUGAUUGGUGUUUUAGAAGGUUGCACAAAUUGACAAGAAUAAUGGAGUAAUAUUGAUGGCUGGUUGGUAUUGCUGCAUACAUAAUGAUAACAUAAACUGUUGUAUUUACAUGCUCAUCAAAACACAUUCGGCAUGCACGAGGCAGUCACUGUGAUCAGAACGCUUGGUACAUGAAAUCUAUAAUCGUCGAUUUUCCGGGCGAUUUUCGUCACUGAGUUUUGAGCCUUGAGGCAAAUUUGUGAUCGGUCUUGAAUACUGGCCUUGAAUCCUUUUUUCUUCAAUGAAAGUGACCUUGAUAUGAGAGGAAUCAAACCUUGAUUGGUUGAAAAAGUGACAGUCUGCCUGUAGAAGAUGAUGUCAGGAUUUCAAAUGAUGAUGUAUGCCAACAAACUUGUAGAGAUGGUUCCCCUGAUAACAGGCAUACUGAUAAUACCUACAUGCUAUGGACAAACAGAGGAUAACAACGUUUCAUCGGAUAGUCAAAUCGACACUCCACCAUACCUAUAUUUUUCGGAUGGAUUAAUCAUCGCUCUAUCUGUCAUUGCUGCAAUCAUCUUCAUUAUUCUAUUUAUCAUUAUCUUCAAGGUGAUGUACAAAGUGGAGACGGCUCCUCCACCAGUACAGCAGCGACACGGGAUCUCCGAAAGUAGGAAUUUAAGACUUGAAAAUAUGUCGGGAGUUUGAAUAAAAAUCAUGUCAACAGAGACGAACAAAGCUGACAAUCCCGUAAAACAAUGGAACAUGCAUCUGAAGGCGAUAUAUCCCGAAUUUAAUACCAAGAAUCGGGAUUCGGACUCUGCGAUUGGGAGCCAUGUUGAUUUUACAACAUUAUAUCCCUGGAACAGGAAUCUGAUAAUAUUGAUGAUGUUUGAAUCCGAGUGUCGGGAUCAGAAUGGAAAAUGAAAGAAGAUGAUCGAAGUAAAGAAUGUUAACAAUCACAUCAAAAUGGUCUGACUCGAGACUGCAGUCAUGGCUUAUAUCGAAAUUGAUCCGUUUUAAGCUGAAAUGAAAUUAUCAGGAAUUAAAGAUCGGGGAAGCAUGCAUGUCAAUUAAAAACGACUCGUCGGAUGUUUUAGCCAACAAGGUCUGUCCGAUCCUACAGUUACCAUAGUUUAGUAACAAUCAUAAACCAUAGCGUCUCAGCCAAUCAGAAUCUAUAUAGGAAAGUUGUCAAAUCUGAAAUUUGACAGACGACAAAGCGUACAGGUGAAAGGCUCUGCAUGUGCCAAAACAGCGUAUCGACUUUGAUUCGAAACUAUGACUUUCCAGGUAAACUGUUACAAAUGCUCUACCACGGAACUCUUCUCAACUUAUGCAUUGAUCGCUUGAGUACCUUCAUAAUUAAUAACACUCUUUUGCUGUCUUUAGCACUUGCCAAUUAUAGAGAGAUGUUGAUAGAGGGACAUAAGUUGUUCUUAAUCUGAAAUUUGACAGACGACAAAGCGUACAGGUGAAAGGCUCUGCAUGUGCCAAAAUAGCGUUUCGACUUUGAUUCGAAACUAUGACUUUCCAGGUAAACUGUUACAAAUGCUCUACCGCGGAACUCUUCUCAACUUAUACAUUGAUCGCUUGAGUACCUUCAUAAUUAAUAACAAUCUUUUGCUGUCUUUAGCACUUGCCAAUUAUAGAGAGAUGUUAAUAGAGGGACAUAAGUUGUUCUUAAUCGGACUUAGCCAUUAUAGGAAAGUGACAUUUCAAAUAAAAAGAAGUAAUUCCUCGAAGACCGAGGGAGAUCUUCGUGAAAGAUCUAGACGGGGAAUUAAUAAAGUCCAAAGACAACAAAAUAUCGAUAGUCAGAAUUAGGCAACUUAAAUACUCAUGAAAAUUUUGAAUAUAUUGAACAUGAUUCAUUGGGCUGUUGCCUUGAAUACUUAAGGUUUUUUAUCAUGCAUAUAGAUUAUAUUUUGUAUAACAAACUCAUUAAAAACUCUUAAAAUGCAGAAAUAAAUUGUGCACGAAAAACGAUGAAGAAAAUAGUUUAUUAUAGUAAUAUUAUUAUUAUGGUAGGCUCAGGAUAAAUUUGGGCAUGUGCAUUUGUCUCCAGUGCGGCCACUUCUGCUUAUUUUCAGGAGAUUUGAAUAAGGUUGUAGGUUUUCAAGGUUAUUUCCAAUAGUUGACAGAUUUGCAGGUCUUUUAUUAUGUACGUGUAUAAUGUAUUCUAUAUUAAUGACGUCUACAGACUGACCAAAAUAUGGGCCUACACAAACUCUAAAUAAGUAACUUAAUGACUGCAUUUUUUUACUCACAAAUGAUUUAAAAGCUGUUAAUUUAGACUGUGAUGCAACAAUAAUUAAAGGCUUAUCGUUAUUCUAUGACACUAAAAUCUCCUACAGUUCAUCAAAACAACCCCGGCACAACCAAUGAUUAAGGAUAUUUAGAUCUAUUCCAGGAAUUUUAAAGUAAGUUGGGUAAAAUACAAGGGCCAGAUAAUAUUAAUGUUAAUUGGAGGAUAAUUAUUUCAUUUUAGAAAGUGGAAGCAUUGUUUGCCAAUAUUAGACCUCUGUCCAUAAAGCGAUUAUUUACCAAAUUCGGAUCCUGGGUAAAAUUUUUUUUUUACUGAUAAUGAAAAAUAAAGUAAAAGUUAAAUAUCUAUUAAUCACCCCCCCCCCCCUAUUAAAUCAGUCUAAUGCAAUUUUGCCGUAAAAUUACACUAGCGAUAAGGUCCCGCUAUUUUCGCUGCUUAUUCGUCACCCCUUUGUCUUGUCGAAUCUCCAUUAUUUUAUUAAGGAUCAGUCUUUUUCGAUCUCACUAAGAUAAGUGAAAUCAUGGGGCGACUUGGCAUUGCUGCUCAUUAACAUUGUAGAACAGUUACGCUAUUAUACUAUGUAUAUAUUAUUUUUAGAAAGUUAUAUUGUUAUGAAAUAUAUUGAGGCGAUCGUUCUAUCUGACAUAGUUGAAAUAAAUCGCAUUUUCAGGCUUAUUAAGAGA